UCCUGAGGGAUCUUCUCCUAAACCCCACACUGUGACUUCAGAUGUCCAUCUAAGUUCUCACAGUGCAGAUCAAUCGGCCUCCACAUCUCAUCCCAGGAAUGCAGACCUGACCCAACAAACAAUUCGCACCGUAGAACGUCCUUUCUCCUGUUUACAGUGUGAGAAAUGUUUCACCAGUAAACGAGGCCUCCAAAGACACAUGGUAGUCCACACUGGAGAGCGUCCUUUUCCAUGUACAGAGUGUGGAAAAUGUUUCGUCUAUAAAGGAGACCUCCAUAAACAUAUGCGAAUUCACUCAGGAGAUCGUCCUUUCUCUUGUUCCCAGUGCGAGAAAUCUUUCACCUAUAAAGGAGACCUCCAAAAACAUCUGAUAGUUCACACUGGAGCGCGUCCUUUCCCAUGUCCCGAGUGCGGCAAAUGUUUCUCUCAGAAAUGCAAACUUCUUCUCCACCAGAGAAGUCACACGGGCGAGCGUCCUUAUUCAUGUUCAGAGUGCGGGAAAGCUUUCACUCAUAAAAUAAGCCUUACUAAUCACCAGAGAAGGCACGCGGGCGAGUGUCCUUUUACAUGUUUAGAGUGCGGGAAAGGUUUUGUGCGGAAAGAAAAAUGUAUUGCGCACCAGAGAGUUCACACCGGCGAGCGUCCUUCCAUAUGUUCGGAGUGUGGAAAAGGUUUCAGUGGGAGAGAUAGCCUUCGCAUGCACCAGAGAAUUCACACGGGCGAGCGUCCUUAUAAAUGUUCCGAGUGUGGGAAAAGUUUCAGAGAGAAAGGGAAACUUACCGGGCACCAGAGAAUUCACACGGGCGAGCGUCCGUUCUCAUGCUUAGUGUGCGGGAGAAGUUUCACUCUAAAACAAACCCUGAGUAAACACCAGAUCACUCAUAUUGGUGAGUGACCAUUUUUUUUUCCAUGUUCAGAGUGCGGGAAAUGUUGCACUCAGAAAGUGAUCUUCUUAAAGAAUAGAGGACACUUUAUUAUACCCUUUAAGACGGGACUAUUUCAGAUGUCUUUCUCAUGUUUGGAAUGCAUAAAAAAAGAAGGGAAAAUUGUUAUACAUCAGGGAAGUCACACAUGGGAGCGUUCUUCGUGUUCAAAGUGCGGGAAAAGUUUAGCCAAGGAAGGAAAUGUUUUAUUAAACGGGGAAGUCCUAGGUAGGAAAGUCCUUUUUUUAUUUAUUUUUUUAUAAUCGGAGUGCAUGGUAAAAAUCCGAUUAGAUUUAAACACACGCCUGCUGAUCCUGUUGACAAGCCUAACAAAAUGCAGAAACCUACAGCAGCCAAUCAGAGUUUGUCUUUCACCAAUGAAUGUUUUAGUUGGUAGCUGCUCAUCAUUUUCAAAUAUAGAUCUGAGACGCGACCUUUCAUUGACGUCAGCGAGACGCGACCUUUCAUUGACGUCAGUGAGACGCGACCUUUCAUUGACGUCAGUGAGACGUGACCCUGCAUUGACGUCAGUGAGAGGAGAUCCUGCAUUGACGUCAGUGAGAGGAGAUCCUGCAUUGACGUCAGUGAGACGAGAUCCUGCAUUGACGUCAGUGAGACGAGAUCCUGCAUUGACGUCAGUGAGACGAGAUCCUGCAUUGACGUCAGUGAGACGAGAUCCUGCAUUGACGUCAGUGAGAGGAGAUCCUGCAUUGACGCCAGUGAGACGAGAUCCUGCAUUGAUGUCAGUGAGAGGAGAUCCUGCAUUGACGCCAGUGAGACGAGAUCCUGCAUUGACGCCAGUGAGACGAGAUCCUGCAUUGACGCCAGUGAGACGAGAUCCUGCAUUGACGCCAGUGAGACGAGAUCCUGCAUUGACGCCAGUGAGACGAGAUCCUGCAUUGACGCCAGUGAGACGAGAUCCUGCAUUGACGCCAGUGAGACGAGAUCCUGCAUUGACGCCAGUGAGACGAGAUCCUGCACUGACGUCAAUGAGACAGGAUCCGGCACUGACGUCAAUGAGACAGGAUCCUGCACUGACGUCAAUGAGACAGGAUCCUGCACUGACGUCAAUGAGACAGGAUCCUGCACUGACGUCAAUGAGAUGCGAUCCUACGUUGACGUCAAUGAGACACGAACUUGCAUUGACGCCAGUGAGACGUGGUCGUGCAUUGACGUCAGUGAGACAGGAUCCUGCAUUGACGUCAGUGAGACGAGAUCCUGCAUUGACCUCAAUGAGACGCGGUCGUGCAUUGACCUCAAUGAGACGCGGUCGUGCAUUGACCUCAAUGAGACGCGGUCGUGCAUUGACCUCAAUGAGACGCGGUCGUGCAUUGACCUCAGUGAGACGCGGUCGUGCAUUGACCUCAAUGAGACGCGGUCGUGCAUUGACCUCAAUGAGACGCGGUCGUGCAUUGACCUCAAUGAGACGCGGUCGUGCAUUGACCUCAAAGAGACGCGACCUUUCAUUGACGUCAGCGAGACGCGACCUUUCAUUGACGUCAGCGAGACGCGACCUUUCAUUGACGUCAGUGAGACGUGACCCUGCAUUGACGUCAGUGAGAGGAGAUCCUGCAUUGACGUCAGUGAGAGGAGAUCCUGCAUUGACGUCAGUGAGACGAGAUCCUGCAUUGACGUCAGUGAGACGAGAUCCUGCAUUGACGUCAGUGAGACGAGAUCCUGCAUUGACGUCAGUGAGAGGAGAUCCUGCAUUGACGCCAGUGAGACGAGAUCCUGCAUUGACGCCAGUGAGACGAGAUCCUGCAUUGACGCCAGUGAGACGAGAUCCUGCAUUGACGCCAGUGAGACGAGAUCCUGCAUUGACGCCAGUGAGACGAGAUCCUGCAUUGACGUCAGUGAGACGAGAUCGUGCAUUGGCGUCAGUGAGACGAGAUCGUGCAUUGGCGUCAGUGAGACGAGAUCGUGCAUUGGCGUCAGUGAGACGAGAUCGUGCAUUGGCGUCAGUGAGACGAGAUCGUGCAUUGACGUCACAGGGACGCGAUCCUGCAUUGAACAGUUAUAUACAAAUAAAGUUUUUAAAACUGACACGUGUGAUUUGCGUAUUUUUUUUAAACAUUCCAACACCCAAAAACCAACAAUCUUCAAAACCAAAGAUUGUGCCCGGCAGCUGUGCUCCUAUGUGGGUUCACACUGUGACCGUGAGGAAUUUCUUAGCUCGGUGGUAGUGCAUAUCAGUAAAU